AUGGCGUCCCGGGGCGGCUGCCUGGGCCUGCUGGCCUGGCUCCUGCUCCUGCUCCUGCAGCUGCAGCUCGGCGAGGCCUACGCAUCCGCCGUGCCCCUCACGUCCUCUGGGCCCACGAGCGGCGAGGUUUCCGGGGCCAGCGGGCAGGAGGGGCCUACAGGGGAGUCGGUGGCGCACACAGACGCCCCGUCCAUGCAGACGCGCACCCAGGUGGCUCCCACGCACGGCCCGAUCGGGGUGCUGCCGCACCUGCUGGCGUUCUCCUCGGGUGAGCACGCCCCAGUGUGUGGCCGGCCCUUCCUGAAGAUUGUUGGAGGCUUUAACGCGGAGGAGGGGAAGUGGCCCUGGCAGGUGAGCGUGCGCAACAGGGAGGAGCACGUGUGCGGAGGCUCUCUCAUCGCGGCGCAGUGGGUGCUGACCGCCGCGCACUGCAUCCUAAGUCAUUGGCAGUACAGCGUGAAGAUGGGAGAUCGGCAUCUCAGUACACAAAAGACAAGUCUGGUGAUCCCCAUCCAGAACAUCAUUGUCCAUCCUAAGUUCAGAACAGCUGCAACGGUUAUAAAUGACAUUGCCCUUCUUCGCCUCCUCUACCCUGUGAAUUUUACCUCUACUAUCCACCCUAUCUGCGUCCCUUCUGAGCUUUUCCAUGUGCAAUCUGGGACCACGUGCUGGGUGACUGGGUGGGGCAAAACAAAACAAGAAGCGGACAUGAAUUCAACAGAGAUUCUACAGGAAGUGGACCAACAAAUCAUCCUUUACCAAGAAUGUAAUGAGAAGAUACGGACAGCCUUGUCAUCUAAAAGGGAUCUGGUCUUGAAAGGGAUGAUAUGUGGUGAUACCAAAAAAGGAAAGGAUGCUUGUCAGGGAGACUCUGGGGGCCCCUUGAGCUGUGAGUUUAAUGAGACCUGGAUCCAGGUGGGGAUUGUGAGCUGGGGCGUUGCCUGUGGUCACUCAGACUUUCCUGGAGUUUACACUUAUCUCAGCUUCUACAGCAAGUGGGUGGUUGCUACGGUGAACCAGGCUGUUCCUUUGUGUUCGGUGAUGUUCCUCAUUCUACUGGAGUGUCUUACGCUGCCUGUGGGCAUCCUGGUGACUCUAUGAUCACCCUGGCCCAUUCCCUUCCUAUUUCUGGGUCUCCCAUUAGGCCUCCAAUCUCCUUUGCCUUUUCAAUGCCCUUUAUUUUGUUUAUUUAUUUUUGGUACCGGGAUUGAACUCAGGGGCACUUGACCACUGAGCCACAUCCCCAAGCCCUAUUUUGUAUUUCAUUUAGU